UCCUGCCUGCCUGCUUUAUAACGCGAGUACGAGCGCCGACUAAAGUCCCGUACGAAACCCGACACCGCAGCAACCGAGCGAGCGAGGAGGAGAAGGGGAGAUAGAGUGAGGGGAGGGGAAAAAAGAAAAAAUAAAGAAAAAAAAAAUUCUCUCCUCUUAUUUCUCUUUGGAUCCAAAACGGGAGCGAGUAAACGAGGGAAAAAAGGGGCACGAAGAAGAAGGGGCGACCGAAACCCUAACCCUAGCGCCCCCACCGCCGUCCAUCGUCGUCGCACACGAAGGACUCCUACGCCGAGGGGACUACGGUUAGGGUUAGGGCUAGGGUUCUGCGGCGAUGAUGGGCUGCUGUCUCGAGUCGCGGCCAUGAGCGGCGGCCGAUGCCUGCGGCGGAGUAUGACGGGAAGGGGAGCCGCGGGAAGGGGAGCCGUCGUGGGUUGCGGCACCGAGGAGAAGCCCUGCCCCGUCUCCCGGCCGUCGCCGUCGAGGGGGGCGGCGCCGCCAGCGGCUGCCGGGGUGGAUCCCUUCGCCCAGGCCCGGAAGGCUCUCUCUGAACGCUCCCCAUUCGAUGCCGACGAGGCCGGCGCUAGGGUUCCGACGCUCCCCUCUGGGUGGGCCGCCUUUCUCUCGAAGCCGAAGGACGGCCGCAGGAAGCACAAGAAGUCCCAUGGGGAGUGCGGGGAGAAGCCCUUGGGGCAUGGGCAACCUCAUGCGGCCAGGAACGUGUGGGACCAGACGGAGGAGUACUUCCGGCCGGUCACUCUGGCGGACAUCGACGCCUUGGUUCCUAAACUUCCGUUCGGCUCUGCUACACUGGAUUCUUGCCUCACCAUUCCGGCCUCUGGAAAUGUUGCAGAAGGCAUGACAAGAGAUGAUGUCUUGGACGCAGGCGCAGUCGAAGUGAGUCCAAGCUUGGGGAUUGACAAAAAAGAGGUGGAGGAGGAGGAGCAAGGAGAGGAAACGCAGAGUGCAGAGCAGGUGGCAGAGGAGCAAGUGUUGGAUGUAGCUGAAUUUGGGGCAAGUGGUGCUACAUUUUUGGAGAAAGAAGAGGAUGACCAUUCAUCUCUGAAUUGGCUUUUGGGUUCAAAGGAACGGUUUGUUCUUACAUCAGAGCGGCCUAACAAGAAACGCAAGCUUUUGGGGGGAGAUGCUGGCUUGGAACGGCUGAUGAUACUUCCUCAUUCUCAGGCAGAAGGUGCUCCUAUAUGCGAUUUCUGUUGCUCAGGAGACAGUAGCGUGAAGUCAAAUCAGUUGCUUUGUUGCGAUACUUGCAAGGUUUGGGUGCACCAGAAAUGUUAUGGUGUGCGUAAGGUUCCAGAGGGGGUGUGGUUCUGCUCUUGGUGUAAGCAUUUGGAGGAAGUGGGAAAGGUAUUGAAGAAAGAUGGUGAUGACCCCUGUUCAAGGCCUUGUUUACUUUGUCCAAAAGAAGGUGGGGCUCUGAAACACUCAGGAAGGGAUUCCAGCAAUAGGGCAAGGGAUAGUGGUGUGAAGUUUGCACACUUGUUCUGCAGUCUAUGGGUACCUGAGGUGUAUGUGGAGGACAUUGGGGCCAUGGAACCAGUGAUGAAUAUUGAAGGAGUGCAAGAGACACGGAAAAAAUUGGUUUGUAACGUGUGCAAGGUGAAACAUGGUGCAUGCGUCCGAUGUAGCCAUGGAACAUGCAGAACAUCUUUUCAUCCUUUAUGUGCAAGGGAAUCAAAGCAUCAUAUGGAGAUCUGGGGGAAGUUUGGAUGUGAUAAUGUUGAGCUGCGAGCUUUUUGCUCAAAACACUCCACUUCUCAAGAUAUGAGCGGUGUCCAGCACUUAAACAACGUGGAUGAUGACUCUUCAGUAACCAAGCCUCCACCUGCAAUUCUACCCACAAAAAAGAUACCCAAGUUAAGGCUCAACCGCAAAAAUAGAGAUCAAAGCUUGACACAAGAUGAAAUUGCAGGUUCUAGUUCUGAUAAAAAGAUCAAAGUGGAACCUAAUAUGGAGAAAGAUGCCUUGACCGGUAGACUAAGAUAUGAAGGUGGUCAUGCAGAGCCAAACAGUAACAUGGAUACUGAUGGAAAUAUCGAGAGUGUGGACAUCACAAGAAAUUCCCCUGAUAUUUCUGUAAUUCUUAACAAGUUAAUUGAUCGAGGGAAAAUUAAUAUUGAUGAUGUCGCAUCAGAGAUGGGCAUUUCAACAAAUUCUUUACAAGCAGCUCUUGUGGGUGAAACCACAUCCUUCUCCCCUGGAUUGAGGAUGAAAAUAAUCAAAUGGCUUCAAAGUUCUGUACAUAUGCCCGCAAUGCAAUGCAUGGAAAUUAAAAGUGGCUUUGCAAUAGAAUCAGAAAAUAAAGUUGCAAGGCUUAAUGGUCAAAGUGCUACUAGAGUAGCAGGUUCUUAUAUUCAUGGUGAGGAUAAAGUUGCUAGUCUUGACAUGCGAGAUGCUGUUUUUGUUAAAUCCUUACCACCACGGAGAAGAACGAAAAGCAGCAUCAGAAUCUUGAAGGAUAACCAAAUGUUAUGUUCACCUGGGGAGUUACCUUUUAUGCCAGAAAAUGGAAAUGCAAAAAUACUCGAUGUGAUGGGUGAAAUUCCGCUUGCUUUUGGCGAAGAUAUGAAAGGAGAUAUUAAUGGCAAGAAAUCUUCUAUUCUUGAUCAGAAAUGCUGCUUGAAGGAUCAAGAGAUUUCAGACAUGAUUGUGGAAGAUACUUUUAAGCCUCUAGAUUCUUGUCCCUCCUUGGGCCUACAUCCUGGACAUGAAGGAAAUCAAGUCAAAAUAGAAAACAAUUACCUGUCUGACGCACAUCAUGAGAAUCGAAGUACAACGGAUGGGGUGUCGUCUUUUGCAUCUGGUAUCAAUCAAGUGGAUGAGUCUAAUGUUGUUUUGCCCAAUGCAUUGGAGAAAAGUUGCUGGGAACAUCCUAACAGCGACGUUGAUGUGAAUGAUUUUGCUAAACCUGAUAACAAAUUCGAUGAAUCCUUUUAUGUUUCUCAUAUUCAUCCAUUCAUCAAAAAGAAGUUGAUACAAGUGCAAAACCAUGUUAAGCAAAAAAUUACAGAAGCUACUAGCUUUGCUUGUCCUUGCUGUAAUCAACAAUCUUUAUCUUCAGCCUGCACUAAUAUGAAUCAUACAUCAGAUGUGGGAAAUCUGGAUGAGCUUUCAAAAGCCAAAACAAUGGGACUCUUAGAGCUUUCUCCUGAAGAUGAAGUGGAGGGCGAAAUAUUAUACUUACAAGCUAGGCUACUUGAUAACGUUGUUGCGGUCAAGAAUAGCUGUGAUGAUUUAAUUUUUAAGGUAGUCCAGAAUCUUCCUCAACAGCUGGAUGCUGUGAAUAGACGAAAAUGGGACCUCAUUCUUGUGAAUCAGUUCCUUCGUGAAGUUAGGGAAGCAAAGAAACGAGGAAGGAAAGAGAGAAGGCAUAAAGAAGCUCAGGCUGUUCUAGCAGCUGCUGCUGCUGCGGCUGCUGCUUCUUCAAGGAAUUCAUCAGUAAGGAAAGAUGCAACUGAUGAGAUCAUCUCCAAUAAUCAAGAGAGUCCUGUAAAGGUCAGUGCAGUCUCUAGGAGAGGUGGGCUACACUCUUCAUUGAUGCUGCGGACAAAGGAUUUUUCAAGAUCAGCUGUUGCUAAAAUGUCACUGGAUAAGCAUUCUGGGAUAUUCCAGAUUGCAGAUUUUUCUAAAGAAAAUGCACUCUCCUGUGACAUCUGCAUGCGAACUGAGACAGUGUUAAACAGGAUUUUUGUCUGUUCGAGCUGUAAGGUUGCUGUUCAUUUGGAUUGUUAUCGUAGGCUUAAAAAUCCAAUUGGCUCUUGGAAAUGUGAGGUUUGUGAGGAGAUGUCCUUGCAUCCUAGAAGCCCUAGAAAUCAGACAGAUGGCUGGGAUAGAUUCCAUGCUGUUACUCAGUGUGGCUUGUGUGGUGGUGCAACUGGUGCUUUCAGAAAAUCAACGGAUGGGCAAUGGGUUCAUGCCUUUUGUGCUGAGUGGCUGUUGGAGUCAAGGUUCACACGAGGUCAAGAUAAUCUGGUAGAAGGAAUGGAUACCAUUUCAAUGGGAAAGGACUCUUGCUGUAUCUGCUAUCAGGAUAUUGGUGCAUGCUUAAAGUGCAGCUAUGGACACUGCCAGAUCACUUUUCACCCUUCCUGUGCUCGAAGUGCUGGUUUUUACAUGAAUGUGAGGAUCACUGGUGGCAGAUUACAGCACAAAGCUUAUUGUGAGAAGCAUAGUGUGGAGCAAAAGGAGGCUGAUAUCCAGCAAUAUGGAGCAGAGGAGCUUAAGAACAUUAAACAAAUACGGGUUGAAUUAGAGAAACUGCGUCUUCUUUGUGAGCGAAUUAUCAAAAGAGAAAAGCUAAAGAGAGACCUGGUUCUUUGUUCCCAUGACAUACUCGCUUCAAGAAGGGAUUAUGUUGCUUUCUCGGUGCUUGUACGGAGUUCUUUCUUCCCACCUGGGGUUAGUUCAGAAUCUGCUACCACUUCUAUAAAUAAUAAAUCUUACAGUGGACCAAUCCAGCAAUCUGAUGAGGUCACAGUGGAUAGUACUGUUUCUGGCAAAUGCACAUUUAGGCUUUCCUUGCAUAAUAGAGAUGUAGAUCGAAGCACCGAAGACAGCUCUACAUCUCAACUAUCAACAAAGCGGAAAUUAGCUGAUAGGGCCUCUUGUGCUGGCAAGCAACUUCCAAGUAGGUCUGCAUCUAUGGCCUUCUUCAAUACGGAAGAAGAUGAAGAAAAAAGGUCUAGGACUAGAAAGCAUACAGAAACUUUCCAGAAGGAGCUCGUGAUGACUUCUGACCAAGCAUCAAUGCAAAAUCAACGGCUUCCUAAAGGUUUUGCUUAUGUUCCCAUUGGUUGUCUUUCCAAAGAAAAAGCACUUGCCCAUGAUUCAGAGUCUUGUGAACCACGAGAACCUGGUGGGUAGGACUUAAGAAGAGUUUGUUGGUGCUUGUUCUAAUCAUCGAGGCCACAACGACAAUCCCUGAUGUAUAAUUUUGAAAGGGAAGUAAAUCUUGAUCUGUGAUUUACUGCCAAUGGAAAGAGAUCAAAGUCAAUCAAAGGGAUAGGGGCUGGCUGAUGAGCCUAUACAACUGAGUCAAGAUUCAAGAAGUUUUGAUUGCCAACUUUGUAUAUCCAUCUGAGAGCAAUUGUACAAAUGCUGAGGGUGAGUUUCUAUUAAUGUAUCAUGUGGGCUUCCAUUGUUGCCUAGUUGGCUGUCCAUCUUUGGCUGCCUAGUUGGAGAGCAAUAUGUAAAUGCUUGGCUCUUUUCUUGUGGCUGUAUAUGAGGAAUAUAGAUAUCAACUAGGUUGCAGAUUUUGUAAAAUUAUUUUGUAUAUUCUUACCAUGGCAUCUGUCAAUACUUAGGUCUGAGCUAAAUUUAGGGCAACUUGGCUCAUCUUUUUAA